CGGAAAAAGAAGAAGAAAAAAAAAACCCUACAAAACCAAAACUCCUUCUGAUCACACAUAAAGAAGCCACAUACAUAUUAGAGAGAAUAAGAGAAAUGGCGGAGGAGGAGCCUCCUCGUGCGGAAACCCCAUCUCCCCGACACCCCCCGCGACGGCGGUCGUUCUUCUUCACCAUCACCAUUCCCCGGCGGCGGCCGGCGAGGAUCCGGUUCAAGCUCCCCCAAGUGCUGUCCGACACCAUGGACCGAAGAAAGAGAACCAACACUAGUAACGAAGAAGAUGGUGAUCAUCAUCAUAACGAGGAGGAAACCAAAGAUCACAAGCCGCCAUCUAGGAAUCGUCGAAUCCUGAACAAGCUUGGCUCCAUGCUUUUCUCCAACGCUCUCGCCAACAAGCUCCGUCGCGGCCACGGCGGCGACAAGGCGGAGGGAGAUCGCGAGGAGAGGGAGGAGGAGGGAUGUGAGAAUGGCGGCGGAGGUGAUGACGGCUGGGGAGGGAAGCAUGGGAGAGUGGUGGUCAUGUCGCGGUCGUCGAGCCGCCAGCUGGGCGGAAGAGGUAGCCGGAGGAGGGGCGGCGGCGGUGGCGGUGGGGUGGAGUUGUGCAAGAGGAGGAUACUGAUGGGAGGGAAGUGCCGGCCGUUGAGUGGUUCCCAUGGACUUCACUAUGGCAAAGAUGGGGUUUUGCUAGCAGAUGGCAUUGGUUCAUAGAGUUUGUUGAUUUGUUUCAAACCCUAUUUCCUUUUGGGUUCUCGAGAGUGAAGGGUUGUUAUUUAAUUAGUAUUCAUCGGUAGGGUUAGAGUUCCGAUUUGGUUAUUUGUGUGUAUAAGCCAUAUUGGUUGUUUCCCAACCUGCCAAUAGUUACUAAAAAAAAUUAUCACAUACAACACUUGCUUAAAAUAUUAGAGCUUGGAGUUGUUCGCUAGAGCGUCAAACGAACUAGGAAAGGGUUCGCUGGUCACAAAAGCAAUCCACAUAGGUGUUUGCUGGCAGGGGCGGAUACAUGGGCAUGAAGCGGUGUCCCGGGACACCCCUAAAAUUUGGGUAAACGAUUAUCCAAUCUUCGCUAGUAGUUUCGUACGGGUAUACAAAAUAUAAUUGGUAAUCCGGG